AAAAAAAAGUUGGCACAUUUUUACUAAUAUACCCUUGUCCAAACUUCCUCAUUCUCAACUCUCAUCAAAACUUGCAGCAACACAGGGUCACAGUCUCACAGACAUUGCCCUGCGCUCCUCCUGCGGGCCACGCCAUAGCUCUUCAUUUCUCUCUCUCUCCUCCUGCCAUAUUAAGAAUUUUGACCAACCAUUAAACAUAAUUACUCUUAACUUUUGUACUGCUCUAUUUUGGAGGUGUGCUAAUGGCGAAUUCUAAGCCCAAGAAAAGCUCCCAAGCUACACCAGACAAUAUGGAAAAGAUCCAAUCCGACAUUGCUUCGUUUGCAUCUUCCCUUGGCCUUGCAUCUUCUCUUCCCUCUUCUGGCUUCAAUGAUACUGAUUUCCGACCCCGUAAAAAGAAACCGCAAGAACCAAAGAGUUCAUCCCAAGAUAAAAGCCCCAUGUCUCAAAAGUCCCAAAACAAAAAUCCGAAUUCUGCCAAACCCCAAAACAAGAACCCCAAUUCACAAAAACCCCAAAACCACAAACCUAAUACCUCAAAACCCCAAAACCCAAAAACCAAUCCCCAAAAACCCCACAACCAGAAUUCCAAUAUGAAGAAUGACCCGAAAAGCAGAAAAUUUAGCAACAAUAACGGUGAAUUUACUGCUAAUAAUAAUGAUCAGAAGUCAUUUGAAAAGUAUAAGAACCUCCCGAAGCUUCCAUUGGUUAAAGCAAGUGCUUUGGCAACAUGGCACGCAGACCAGGGGGAGUUGGAGGAGAAGGUAAUGGGUGGAGGAGAGAGAAAGAAAAUGGAGAUUGGAGAUGCAGAAGAGUGGAAGAAUCUGGUGGAGAAGAAGAAGGAGCUCGGGGAGAGGUUAUUAGCACAGUAUACUUUUGAUUAUGAGGCUUCCAGGGGACAAAGUGGGGAUAUAAAAAUGCUCAUUGCCACUCAAAGAUCUGGAACAGCUGCUGAUAAGGUUUCGGCUUAUUCGGUUUUAAUUGGUGAUAACCCAAUUGCCAAUCUGAGAUCACUCGAUGCGCUUCUGGCAAUGGUGACGUCCAAGGUCGGGAAGCGUCAUGCACUUACAGGCUUUGAAGCUCUAAAAGAAUUGUUUAUACAAAGUUUGUUACCUGAUCGUAAGUUGAAGACGCUUUUCCAACGGCCCCUCAACCAUAUUCCUGAAACAAAAGAUGGUCAUUCUCUUCUGAUGUUCUGGUAUUGGGAAGAAUGCUUGAAGUCAAGGUAUGAACGUUUUGUCUCUGCACUAGAGGAGGCAUCAAGGGAUAUGUUGCGCAUACUUAAAGACAAGGCAGCAAAGAUUAUGUAUGCAUUACUAAGCACUAAGUCAGAGCAAGAGCGGAGGUUGCUCACGGCACUAGUCAACAAACUAGGGGAUCCUGACAGCAAGGCUGCAUCAAAUGCUGAUUAUUAUUUGACCAACCUUCUAUCUGAUCAUCCAAACAUGAAGGCCGUGGUGAUUGAUGAAGUGGACUCAUUCCUAUUUCGUCCGCACCUGGUUUUGCGUGCAAAAUAUCGUGCUGUUACUUUUCUAAGUAAAACUCGCCUAAGUCACAAGGGGGAUGGGCCCAAGGUAGCAAAGCGUUUGGUAGAUGUGUAUUUUGCACUGUUUAAGGUGCUAAUCUCUGGGGUGGGAAAUAGUAAAGAAAAGGAGAGCAAAGAGACAAAGAAACCAACGGAUGAGGACAAGGAAAUGCUAAAUUCAUCAGGAUCUCACGUGGAAAUGGAUUCACGGCUUCUAUCUACUCUUCUGACAGGAGUCAAUAGGGCUUUUCCGUAUGUUUCUGGAGAUGAAGCUGAUGAAAUUGUUGAUGUCCAGACUCCAAUGCUUUUCCGUCUUGUUCAUUCACAAAACUUCAAUGUCGGUAUCCAAGCAUUAAUGCUUCUUGAUAAAAUUUCUUCCAAGAAUCAAGUUGUCAGUGAUCGAUUUUAUCGUGCUUUGUACUCAAAGUUGUUACUCCCUGCUGCUCUUAAUACUUCCAAGGCAGAAAUGUUUAUAGGACUUCUACUAAGAGCUAUGAAGAGCGAUGUACAUUUGAAGCGUGUAGCUGCAUUUUCAAAACGUCUGUUACAGGUUUCACUUCAACAGCCUCCUCAGUACGCCUGUGGGUGCCUGUUUCUUCUCUCUGAAGUCCUCAAAUCAAGGCCACCUCUCUGGAAUAUGGCAAUUCAAAACGAGGCGGACGAUGAAGAUAUUGAACAUUUUGAAGAUGCUCCGGAUGAUACAGAAAAUUCACCUGAUACUGAAGCUAACAUGCCAAUAAGCAACAAUAGCGAUAAGGAAGGGACCAAUUCUAAAUUGGACUCUGAUGAUGAACAGACCAAUUCUAAAUUAGACUCCGAUGAUGAUUCCGCCCAAGAGGAAGAAGCCUCUUCAGCCUCUUCUGAUGAGGAUGUUUCUGGUGACGAUGAAGACUUAUUGAUGAAAAAGAAUGUUGAGAAACCCCAGGAAUCUAACUCUAGUAAGUUGUCUGUGGACAAUGGAAACCGGCGCGAGUCCUUAACCAAGCAUUCACUACCUGGUGGAUAUGAUCCUCGGCACCGGGAACCUUCUUUUUGCAAUGCGGACCAUACUAGUUGGUGGGAGCUGACUGUACUGGCUUCUCACACGCACCCGUCAGUGGCAACCAUGGCAAGGACUCUUCUUUCUGGAGCCACCAUUGUUUACAAUGGGAAUCCAUUGAAUGAUCUUUCUCUGACUGCUUUUCUGGACAAGUUCAUGGAAAAGAAGCCUAAACAAAGCACAUGGCACGGUGGUUCACGCAUUGAACCUGCUAAGAAGCUUGACAUGAACAAGCAUUUGAUUGGUUCUGAAAUUUUGGCACUUGCUGAAGAUGAUGUAGCGCCGGAGGACCUAGUCUUUCACAAGUUCUACAUGAACAAAAUGAGUUUGUCAACGAAGGCACCAAAGAAGAAAACCAAGAAGAAAGGAGCUGAAGAAGAGCAAGCGGCAGAAUUAUAUGGCGGUGAUGACAGUGAUGAUGAAGAGAUUGAGAACUUGUUGGAUCCCACUGAUCUUCCCCUGGAAGGCGAUGGACAUUAUGAUUAUGAUGAUUUAGACAGGGUUGUCAAUGAAGAUGAUGAUGAUAUAAUAGGCGAUGUUAGUGAAAACGAGAUGGACAUGGAUGAUGGUGAUGCUGCCUUUGAUGACGAUGCCCCUGGUUUUGAUUCUGAUGGAAGUGAUGGUGGUAAUGUCGUAAGUGAUCUAGAUGAUAUGAGUGAUGAUGAUAUCAACAUUGGUGACAUUGACGACAUCAGUGAUGAUGAAGAUGGUCGUGAUGCACGUGUGUCGAAGAAGAGCAAGAAGAAAUCCUCAACAUCUCCCUUUGCUAGUCUUGAAGAGUAUGAGCAUUUGCUAAAUGACGACGAUUCAGGAGAGGAGAAUUUGGAUGGGGAGGAGAAAAUCGAGUCAUCAAAGAAAAGAAAACAUGUUCAAAGCGACAAGAAAAAGAAAGGCAGAAAUUCAGAUGGCAGCAGGAAACGCAAGAAAAAGAAAAGCAAAACUGGUAACUAAGCUGUUGAUUAGUCUUUGUAAUUUGUCAUUGUAUUCCGAUAAUUGGCCAUUUUAAAGUUGAAAACCAUAGUUUAAAUGAGUUUGCAAGUAAUUUAAGAAUGUAGCACAUUAUUUGGGGAGUUUAGGCUUAAUACAAGGGAUUUGGAUAGAAAAAUGGCAGAUUUCAUAUAUUCAGGAUACCUUGGAAACAGGCUUUUGGUGCCAUUACAAUUUUGUAACUUAGAAGGCCAAAAUAUUGAAAAUUUUGUACUAUUAUCUAGGACUCAAAAUCCUUGAACAGUAUCAACACACUUUUUCCAGGAAUAAACGGCUCUAAUUAUAGUUC